AUGUAUUCCAUUUCAACCUAUGGAGAACAGCGAGCUAACGUUGCACGAACACGUGGGCUGUUACGAAAAACAGCAUUUUUGCAGUCUGCAUUUCUGCAGUCAGUGCUUCUACAUGAACAGCAGGGGGCAAUAGCACACCAAGAAUUGGUGAAAGGUUUUGAUGUCAACAACAAACUCUCAGAUUGCUCAGCGAACAGCACCGAACAUGCCCUUCAGCCCGGCUUCCCUCGGGGUUGGGGAGCCCGGGGCAAGGGGGGGUCGCGCUGCCCGCCCGGUGGGGAGCCCCCCGCGGAGCCUGCGCGCUGGCGGGAGGGUGUGGCAGUCGCUGCGCAUGCGCGGGCCCGCUGCACACUCACUGUUGUCCUGAAGUUACAACCUGCCCGCCUCCCGGUGCAGCUGCCCGCGGCCGGGAAGCGCAAAGAACACUCUCCCCGGAUUGGGGAACGGGGCUCGUUUGGCUUCUGCAGUAGUGACAACGAUACUUUCUCGGUUGAAGUCCAGAACCCGCCUCCGUUGCAUACCGCUGACCACCGAAUAGCUUGUUUUGGAGCCCUCUGCCGAGAGAGCCCGCGCUGGGUGGGCUCGCGGUGCACGGUCAUCGCCUCCAGCUGGAUUCGCCGGAGGCGGUCAGGCUUCAGGAUGGACGAUGGACUUUCAAAAUGGAAAAAGAUGGAAAAUCAACAAAAUUACCUUAACUGUGCUACCAGCUGAAUGAGUAUUUCUUUGUAGUAUGUUCAGACUUAAGAAGAAUUAUAUUCUUACAUUAUGUAAUCUACCAAAAACCACUUAGCUACUGUUUUAAUCUAGGUUAUUUUCGAAGGCAGAGCCUGAGACAAAGCUAUACACAUUUUUGGGGGGAAGAUGAUCCCAAGGCACAGGAAUGAGAGAAGAGUGAACAGGGAAAGAAGGAAAGAAAAUCCAAGCAAAAUAAGGUAGCGUUACCCAAUGGCCUAACACUGUUAAUGGUUACUUAGUGCAGAAGCGUCUGAAGAUUCUCAUUAAACUUUGUCUAGAGAUGAAAAGGAGAAGCAUUUAUCUCUCAGUGGCCUGUAGAUUGCAAAGACAUCAGCGCAUCUCUGGUACCAGAGGAUUGUGUGUCACAGAGAGAGAAGCCCUGAGACAGGGAGUUAGGUUCUUAGCCCUUGCCUGAAAUAAGGCACUGUUAUCACCGAGCAGGGUGAAACCUGCCCCGGGCUGUUCACCAGAGCUGGAGGUUGAGGAGAUGGGAGAGAAUGUAUAAGAAAUGCCUUAUAAGCCUCUGGAUAUGUUGUUAGCCUUAUGUAAGUCUGUUUACUCCCUUCUUGUCGAAUCAAAAUUUCUGUGGCCAGAAGAGGUUACACAAGGAUUAAGUAAAAAAGUUAAAUCUAUUAGAAUAUAUACCUUAUAGUUUUAUAUAGAUAUAUAAAAAAUUUUUAUAGUUUUAUAUAGAAUAUAUACCUAACAGUUUUAACCAUGAGUGGUGUUUAUAAGAAAUAGAAAGUAACAUGAGAACUUGGAAAAUUAAAAAAUAAUUUUACAUGAAAAAUGGGGCCAUUGGAUAGAGAUACCAGGUAUCUUCUAAACUCAACCUCAGAAACAAUCAUGAAUUGUUUGUAGAAAAAUGGAGAAAUAAAAUUAACUAUUUUCUUGUGUUUCUGUGCGCUUUAUAAAUCAAAUGUCAUUACCUUUUCCUAACUUAGUGUUUCUACUGUCACCCAAUGCUAGGAUACAGAGUUUACAACCAUGGAAGGGAAAAUUGGUAGAAACACAGAAGAAUAUUUCAGAUAAUUUCAGAGCUGGCGUUAAUAUUGGUUGAAUUACGGGAAAAUUGCAGGCUUUGACCUGGAGUUCCUCUAUGAGGUUUCCUUAUAUCAGAAACCGUUUUCUCUCUGCCUACACCCCUGUGAUGUCAUAAUCACUCUCUUUUAUGGAAUUGCCACUAAUAAGAUAAAACCUUUGAGUUGUUCAGUUGAAUGUGUGCUGGGCUCCUGCUAUUUGCUAUAUUGGCACUCUGUGCAUAAGACAUACUAUAAAA